AUGAUCUCAGAACUGCCCCAAGAAGUGUAUGACCUGGUCAUUGACCAUCUCUGGGACGAUAAAGUGUCUCUCGCGGCAUGCAGCUUGACCUGUCGCGCUUGGCUGCCUUCUAGUCGGACGCACAUCUUCCGCGACAUCCACCUGAAAAGCCCAUCAGCAUGUUUCCGAUUCAAGAACCUGCUAGAGACGUCGACCAUUGCACCGCUCGUCCGUAAGAUGGCGGUCCAGGCCUAUCAUUUCUUACACAAACAUCCUGCUCUCCGGGACGAAGAUACCAUGUGGGAAAGCCGUAUCCCAACGUUGUUGAGCCUCUUGCCUGGGCUCAUCGAGCUUGAAAUUGCGUGCUUGAGCUGGAGUACGCUGCGCCUCACAGCCGCCAAGGAAAGUGCAUUCCUCAGUAGGCUUGCCCAUCUCAAGCACCUCACACUAUCGGAUGUCCAUUUCGAGACUCCUGCACAGGUCCUUUCCGUUCUCUUGGCCGCACCCGGCCUGGAAACGUUGCGCUUCGACCGUGUCUACUGCAACAGUUCGUUGCCUUGUGUUUCUUUAGAAUCUCUCGUCUGUCGUAUUCCUAAAGCGUGUACACCGCCGCCGCCACCAUCGUCAUACGCGCCCAUAUUCCCCAUGUCCAAUGCGGGUGGACAAGCACUGCGAAAUCUCACGCUGCGACCGGCUUCUCCACCUAAUUUCGUCAUCGAUUGGCUGCUAGCGACAGGCGAGGUCAAGCUCCGCAACCUAAAUGUUCACUGGCGAGACCGGAGGAAUACGACCGCGUUGUGCGCUCUCUUAUCCGCGGCGGGACCCUACCUCGAACAUCUAUACAUGGAACUCACAAAUGGCGUGGCCGUGCAGGUGCAGGACGAGAUGAACUUCGGGCUCCUCACCGCACUGCGUUCCGUGUGUUUCGAGGGCUUCGUUUUGCCGGAUUGCGGCACCUGCUUUUCGGCAAUGAUUUCGCAGCUCAGCUCACCGUUCCUCAAGCGCGUGAAGAUUUCUCUCCUCGCGCGAUGGGCAGACGACCUGCGCACACUGGAUUGGAAGCAGCUGGACACGGCGCUGUCGCGCGAACGCUUUGCUGGCGUGGAAGUGACGCUGCAUGUUAACAUCGCUAUGUCUCGUGCGAACAAGGGCGUCGAUGCGCGUGCGCUUGUGGAGCUCUCGUUGCCCAGGUUCCAGAAGUUGGGGAUUUUGCAGGUUAGGUGUACCUGA